AUGAGAAUCUUCGGGCUCAUUACUCCUGGCACAUGGGGGCUCUGUGUUUCGCCGACGCGUCUUUUUGAGAAGAUUGUCCGCCACCGCCGCGGUGGUUGGUGCUUUGAGACGAACCAAUUGCUCAACACGGUCCUCCUGUCGCUGGGGUUCGACGUCAUUCUGGCAGGUUCGCGAGUCUUUGAGCCCUGCAACGGUAGAUUCGGCGGACUUGUGCAUUGCGUCAAUAUUGUCAAGAUCGGUGGCGUACACCAAUUGCUCGAUGUGGGCUUUGGUGGAUACGGUCCACCCCAGCCCGUACCAUUGCUCGAGGGAACGGGAGGCAUUGAACCGAACGGUCUACAGCACAUUGGACCUCGACCAGAGAUGCGAGUAGUGAAACAGUCGAUUGUACAGCAGGUCGAUCAAACUAGGCGGCUAUGGGUAUAUCAGUUCCGACGUGGCCCUGAUGAGGAGUGGCAGCCAAUGUGCUGUUUCAGCUUGGACUUUGAGUUCCUGCCCGAGGAUAUCGAGAUCCUAAACAGGCAUGGCAUGAGCCGCACAUGUUUCACAUCACGUGAACUGUUGCUUCAGUGA